AUGUUUUCUUGUCACCUCUGUAGCAAGGCUUACGCAACGGAGAAGUAUUUACAAAUGCACCUAGCCAUCCACAAGGACUUCACAAUUUCAUCCCAGUCACAAACGUUCACAUGCAACUACUGUUUCAAGACAUUCACACAGAGCAGCAACUACAAAAACCACAUCCGAACGCACUCAGACGACCGUCCAUACAUUUGCGACAUUUGCGACAUCGGCUUCAAGGAGCGCUACCACCUCAAGAAACACAUCCUAUUCAAGCACAGCACAGAAGCCAAAGAAAAAUGUCGCUACUGUGGCAAGCGUUUCAAAGAUUCAACAGCCGUUCGAGCUCACGAGAGAAUUCAUUCUGACAAACGCCCGUAUUCCUGUCAGCGAUGUCUGAAGGCUUUCAAGACGAGUGAAUGCCUCUGGCACCAUGAAAACAGAAGCCGA